AUGCACAGCAUCCCACCGCAGGCCAGCGGCACUAGUUCACAUCUCUACUCAACAUCUACGCCUACGCGCCGCGCACUACUGAUUGCAAUUCGAAUCGUAACAAAUGUACACGCGCAAGACGGCAGAGUAGUUGUGUGUGGCCUAGGCAAGAGUGGGCACGUUGGACGCAAGCUAGCUGGGACACCCAAAAGCCUAGGCGUGAGCGCUGGGUUUCUGCACGCCGCCCAAGCGGUACAUGGCGACCUUGGCGAUGUACGAGGAGCUGAUUUGCUGUUGUUUGUAAGCUUUAGUGGACGUGCUAGAGAACUUCUUAACGUGUUGCCACAUGUUGCGCCCAAAGUGCCGGUGAUAGUGUUAACAGGACAUGCAGAUGCGAGUACAUGCCCAUUGUUGAAGGGGCGAAAGGUGGUCGGUAGUAAUGAAGGGAGAAGAGGAGGAGGAGAAGGAGAGGAGGGUUGGGAUGGUCGAGGCGUCGGGGUGCUCUUGCCUACACCGAUACACGAGAGCGAGGAGGAGAGUUUUAGUGUCGGAGCGCCAACCACCAGUGCUACUGUGGCUAUGGCAAUCGGAGAUAUGCUUGCUCUUACGGUUACCAAAAGGAUAUACGGCGCCGAAAAAGCUUGGAUAUUCAACAGAAAUCAUCCAGGAGGCGCCAUUGGCGCUGAAACCGUAGCUGAGGUUGCGGGGGUAGCAGGAGCGACAGUCGCUACUAUGGCUAGGCUCUGGGUGGUGGACCGUGAACAUGAUGAAAGCUAA